AAGACGAAAAGAAGGGUGGUGCGAGGGGCUCAUUGGGGAGGAGCGCGGCUUCCAGAGAGGACAAGGACAAGGGACGCUCCUUUUGCUGGUUUAAGUUCUAUCAAAAUGAGUGGUCUGGAUGGGGACGAUAACCUCCCUUUCGCUAAAAGCCGAGACCUCGCUACUCCCGAUCAUGCCACGGGAGACCCGGACCCACGCCAGUACCGGAGGCUCCAAAGGGAAUCCGAUGUGACACAGGUGAUGGCGGACAUGGCCGGAGUCACCUUGGGGACCGCCGCAGGUUCUUUCGACUGUGGCUUCGCGCUCCGCUUCCGAGUUCCUAUUAACCGCAACCAGGCUGCAGCCAAAGCCGGGCAGGAAAAGGCUCCACCUCCCACAGGACGCCCGAAAGCCGCCUGUGCCUCCGUGGCGUUUGACCGCACCCUGAAAAAUGGCCACCUUGGUGAAGAGCUGCAGGGCCCUGCAGGGGAGAAGGCCCUAGAAGCCCGUGGCGCAGUAGGCGUGGCGUCUCAGAUGAUGGCGGGGGCGAAGGCCAAGGAAGUGACGACUAAAAAGUGCGCCAUCUCAGCGGCAGCGGAAAAGAAGAGAGAAGCAGAGUGGGUGGUGGAGGAAAAGGCGGUACAGAAGGAAAGAAAGGCUGUAGGGGAGAUGAAACAGGAGAAAGCGGCCAGAGUACCGAAGACCGGUAACUCCCCGGGCUCGCUGGAGGCCAUCGAUCAGGAGCUGUCAAACGUAAAUGCCCAGGCUGACCGGGCCUUCCUUCAGCUGGAGCGCAAGUUUGGCCGGAUGCGAAGACUCCAUAUGCAGCGCAGGAGCUUCAUCAUCCAGAAUAUCCCAGUUUUCUGGGUCACUGCCUUUCGGAACCACCCCCAGCUAUCACCUAUGAUCAGUGACCAAGAUGAAGAUAUGAUGAAAUACAUGAUCAAUUUGGAGUUGGAGGAGCUGAAACACCCCAGAGCCGGCUGCAAAUUCAAGUUCAUCUUUCAGUGCAACCCCUAUUUCCGAAAUGAGGCGCUCGUCAAGGAAUAUGAGCGCAGAUCCUCAGGCCGAGUAGUGUGUCUUGCCACUCCAAUCCGAUGGCACCGGGGCCAAGACCCCCAGGCCCACGUCCACAGGAACCGGGAAGGAAACAGUAUCCACAGCUUCUUCAACUGGUUCUCAGACAACAACCUCCAAGAAUUUGACAAGAUUGCUGAGAUUAUCAAAGACGAACUGUGGCCCAAUCCCCUGCAGUACUACCUGAUGGGUGAAGGUGGCCGCAGAGGAAUGCGAGGCCCAGCAAGGGAGCCAGUGGAGAAUCCCCUGUCCUUCAGGUUCCAGUCUGGCUGACUCCUGCCGUUGUGAGAAGCUCCUUAACAAGUUUCCUUAGCACCUCGUCUUGGACCUGUGCUUAGCCAACAGCAUGCGAACUUUUAUCUGCUUUCUCUUUAUGCUGGUUUGUCCUUUGGUUCUUCUAAAGCUUCGACAGCCAGUUGCAAGAUUGUCACCUCUGUGUCUGUGCUCUUCUGCUUCCUCUCAGCCUUCGCUGCUUUUCUGCAACAUGUUACGUGUUCCAAGCCCGUGGCCUACCACCGCUUUGUGCCAGGCACAUGAUGCUGUAGAUGUGCACUGCCUUCCUCUGCAUGGCUUGGAACCUGUCAGUGGCUGUGGUCUUCUCCCAGUUUUUUAUGUGUUUAUCUACAAGAAAUCCACAAGGAAGCUUGAUAGGUCUUUGCAAACAACUAUUUGGACUUCAUGCCUUAUGCUGACUGUGCUCCUGAUACCCAUGCGCUCUGCGGCAAGCUUUGCAUUUCACCACUGCAAAAUGAAGCUAAAAUAGAUGGUGCCAGCCAUCGACCCAAACUGGACAUUCCAGGCCUGUAUCAACUGUAUUUCAGCUGCCUCCCUUGGCCCAUGCCAUCUACGCUGCUGGUUGUCUGGCAGAACAGGGAGGUGGCUAGUAGGUGGCUACUAGGUAUGAAUGAGGUAAAAGACAAGAAGUGUUGUAUGUUUUUACAUUGGUUUUCCUGUGCCUCCAUCACCCUGCAUUGUGACCAGCUACGGGUGAGUUUAUGAAGGCCUCUGCUAUGGCCCCCCCCCCCCCACCUGCUCUCACCUUUCUGGAUAAGGUUUGCCUAGGCCACCAGUGUUUGCCUCCUCAGUACUAUCUGUGGACCCAGGCUCCCAACCAGCACACAGGCAAACAUCCUUCCCACCCCCCAACCUUAAAUGAUUACCCAUAAACCUACUCUGCUGUUAGGCAGGUUGGACAGCCUUAUGUGGCAAUGUGCAAAGCUAAGGGGAAUGGGGCCCCUUUCAGCAGUCAGCCUUUCUGAGCCCCAGCCAACAAACCACACUUAAUCUUGGCAACUUUGUUAGGUGCCCUCCUCAUCUCCCCUCCUGUACCUACCCUGAACACAACAAGGGUGCCAGGAUGGAAAGAGUGCCACAGAGGAAGACGUGUCUCUGGCUUGCAGGGCCUGUUAUGCCUAUCUUUCUCUCUCUAAAGCAGCUACAACUUAGAAAAAAAAAACUGUUAAAGUAGGCCUUUUGUGUAAUUUACUCUUCUCUUGAUUGUGUUGAGAGGGAGAAAGAGGUACUGUAAAAUAGACUUCAGCUUUCUAAGUGCCCUCUUCUGUCCCCAUGCCUCCACCCCAUUUCCUUUAACAAGUCCUAAAAGUUUCAAAGGGAGACCUAUAGGUUAAUUGCUUAAUUAUGAGCAGUGUUCUUUUAGGCUAACUUUGAUAACCCCACCCCUUUUCCUUAUCUGUUACGCCCAAAUCUCCUGGAGGUUUCUUGAGCUUUAGUUUGAGAAACUGGGAGGAGAGAAGUAACAGACCCAGAGCAGUAUGUGAUUUAAGGCAACUAAAACUAGCUUCACUCCAUUUUUCUAAAGAUGGAAAUUCUCUUUUGGGCCUUGGACUACUUAGAGAUAUAAAGCCCAAGGCAACAUUUUGUAGGUCACACCAGGUUCUCUAGGCUAGGAAACUGAACACAAGCAGAAUGCACCUGCUGGAGAGUGGGCCUGGAAACCUGCAGGGCCUGUGGGGGAGGGGAGGCCCCUGGGGCUGUUCCCAGGUAGGGAUAGGACAGUCAGAGGGGUUAGGGUUUGAAUAGGGUGCUUGGAAGAGGGUUUUCCUUCAAUAUUCCCUAACUCCUUGAAUUCACCAGUAGAUUUUUGUAAAUAAAAAUGCAAGUCUUGAUGUUUUCUUUCUAUUGUUCUAGGAGUGCCCUUUUGUAUGUGGUAGAUAGUGAUAAACCUGCCCCUCAUGUCACCGUUUCUGAGUAAAAUCCUGUUAAUUCCUUUCCCUAUUUCUGCAUACUGGGAAAAUUGAAGUUUACAGACCUGCUUUUUGCUUGUAAUUGAGAAAGUUUGCAAAAAUAUCGAUUUUGUUUUCCCAUGCAGUAUGAAGAUUUGUGUGAAUAUUUAGUUAUAUAUCUUGCUUGUUCUGGUCUCUGUUUAUGUAUAGAUCUAAUCAUAGAAAUAUAAUUCAACUAAAUGUGAUCCUUGUAGAGUCUGAAAAUUUUGGAAAUUGUUGCUGUAUCUUGUGAACAUAAUCUCCAAAAGAAAAAUGUAAUUGUUGUCUUACUUGAUAAUCUCUUACCUUAGUAGCAAUGUUGUACUUGACCUUUUAUGUUCCUAACCAGAGUAAGUACUUGUAGAAUUGCUGUCAGACUAGAUGAGGAUUGUUAGCAUUGUUGUCUUCUCCUAUGUACUUGAAGGAAAAAUAGUCUGUUAUUCUGUUACAUGUAUUUUCACCAAAAAAUAAAAAUGAAAGUCAGUCUG